AUGUUCGUCUCUUCUAGUCAGUACCAGAGUCAGCGGCGUCGCCGAUCCGAGGAUCUCUGGCGUUUCAGUCGUGUAGUACUAGGCUCUUGCGAGGUCGACACGUGGUAUCCUGACUAUGUGUCCAACGGCGAGGAGGUCGACGCCAUCUAUCCCUCGACGGCAGACUACCUCGAACAGGCCUCUGGGUACUAUAGCUACUCGCCCGGUCUCGUCUACCCUGACGCGUACGAGACUGCUGGCAUCUUCGCCGUGGACGGCAGCUCAGCCAGUGUGACGCUCGCCGAAAAGACGCGCUACCUCUUCCGGCUCAUCAACGCUACCCGCGAGACGGCCACGCGCACGUUUGACUACUUUGGCGAGACGACGACAAGUAAUACUGCGUAA